AUGGAGUCUCCCGAGUCUUUGCGGGAGCUGGAGGAGAAGCCUAAGGCUCAUUUCUCCGAGCCCGACACAAGUCCUCGAGACGUCGACCCAUUCGACAAGCGUCUGACCCGCAUGACUACUGCUACCAUCUCCAGCAGCAGCUACUUCGACUCAGGCGACGGUACACGGUACCGCAGUCUGGAAGAAGAGAUGAAAGCGCCUCCGCCUCCAGCUCCGCUCUCCAUCGACGAGGAAGAGCGUGUUAUCACGUCCCCACGAGUACAGACUGUACAGUCGGCGUCCAAUGUCUUGGCGUUGGCGUCACGAUCCCGUAGCAAUGACAGUCUAUCUGCUUCUGUGCCCAUGAGACGCUUCAACAGCUCAGCUAGUAUGAUGCAGGCCGCUAUGGAGCGUAAGCGUAGCUUAGGUAACUCUACCAGUGCCGCAGCCAUGAUGCGAGCCGCCAAGGGGACUCCGGGCGAGGAACGCACAGGUUUCGCUCGGAUUUACUUCGAAAACAAAAGUUUCACGUCCUCUACGGUGUUUAAACUGCUGAGCACCACCACUGUACUCGAGGUGAGGCAAUCUAUGGCGGCCAAGAUCAAGAUCCCGGUACAGGACUUUAAUAAUUACGCCAUCGUCGUGGUAUUUCCGACUGAUAAUGCCGGCUCACUGUCGGCGAGGACAUUGAGAGAUGAAGAGCUCAUUCUACCGCUUGUGGAGAGGCUGAACCGAGCUCGACCAGUGCAGACAGUGGAGGCGGAUGACACGAUCGGAGGCACCACACGAGCCAAACCCAAACAUCGCUCAAGACCACCGGUCAAGUUUGUGCUCAAGGACGUGCAAGGAUCUCACUUGGAUAUUAGUGAAAAUACUGCGCCACCUCGACGUCAGCCGUCGGAGACGCAGUCUAUUAACUUCCCAGUGUUAUUAGGAAAGGGUGUAUAUUCAGGCUACCUUCAGAAGGCGAGCUCCAGGGAUCCGACAUUGUGGAGAAAGCGGUGGUUUAUCAUCAAAGGAGACCAACUGCUGUACUGCAAGUCGAACGUGAAUCAGCAGGACGUCACAUCAAUUAGUCUGCUCGGUGCUGUCCUCGCUAAGGCGAAGCCAGAAGUGCGCGUACCGUUUUCUUUUCAACUCAAGACUCCUCGGCGGGAUUACGAGCUGUGUGCUAGCAGCAAGGACGAAAUGGUGGCGUGGAUUCACGCGCUACAUGUCCAGAUUGGCCUAUGCUCGGAAAAUCAUCGCUUAUAUGAAGCCGAAAUCUGGAUCACAGAAGACGCUGUAAACCGAAGCGAACAGGAGUCUUAUGUACCUUCAGCAGCAGAACCGUCUUUGCUUGAGCGUGUGCUCUCUCGAGAAGACACGCUGAAGCUGUUCCGUGACUUUGUGUUUACUACUCAGUUCCAGAGUUUACUGGACACAUGGAUCGAGUGUGAACUGUUCCGCCGAAGCUGUCUUGCUCGCGAGAAUGGGCUUGUAACCAGUGCAGGGAUGGCAAAUCGACGUACACCGCAAGACGAAUGGGAUCACUUAAAGGAUAUCAUCCGUGCAAUCCAGCUGCUGAACAUCGUACACGCUGACGACUUAAACCAGCUUCGGCAAUCUUUCCAGACAGAACAGAGCAAUCGUCGCCUUAGCGUGAGCAUGAACAGCGACGGGUUCGACGAAUACCCGCGCACUGAUGUUAUCGUUCCUGUUCAGCGGAAACUUUUCAAAGCCAUCGAAGCCGGACCAUUUCAACAGUUCCUCUUGCAGAACGGGUAUCGACUCCUGCUGGAGCGCACUAUUGGGACCAUCGCGUAA